AUGGUGGAUAUGGAUAGAAACGACCCGGAGCUCCGGUACCUGUCGGUGGAUCGGAACAGUUUCAAUGACCCGGCAACACAGGCAGAAUGGACCCAAAAGCGGCUUGUAUGGGUUCCGCAUGAAACCCAAGGAUUUGUGGCCGCAGGGAUCAAAGGCGAUCGCGGAGAUGAAGUGGAAGUGGAAAUCGCGGAGUCCGGGAAGCGAAUUCUGGUGCCAAUUGAUGAUAUCCAGAAGAUGAACCCUCCUAAAUUUGACAAAGUUGAGGACAUGGCUGAGCUAACAUGCCUCAAUGAAGCAUCGGUGCUGCAUAACAUCAAGGACAGAUACUACUCAGGACUUAUAUAUAUUCCUAAUCCCUUAAAGCUAGUCUCCAGACCCCAACAUGACCCAUAA